GGGCAAAGGGUAAUGUUAUGUCAGCCAUAACAAAUCAUUUUAAUAAUAUUUUUAUUAAAACUUUCCUCUUAAUAUAAUUAAUAAUUAAAAUAGUUAUUUAGGAUUUUCUAAUGACGAUUUUACCGGCUAUCCGUAAGGCAACAAACAAUGCGGAAGAAAACAAUGACAGCAACCAACAAAAUGUUGCUGUCGAUAGAACUAAUAGGAGAAAUGAGAUAAACUCCGAAAAUAACUCGAAUUCCAGAAGACCACCUUUCAAAAACGAUCGAAAAGAAAGAUUAAGAAAAAGAUUCAAAGAACCUGAAAGAAACCGCGACAGAGAAAGGGACAGGGAACAGAAAAGGGACAUAAGACGUGAGCAAAAAAGAGAUCGAAUUGUAGUAGCAAACUUGGGAAGUGAAUCUCUUUCAGAUAGUAAUACUGAUAGAGUUGAACCCACUGUGGAGACCACUUGCAAUAAUAAUAAGAACACUCCUGAGGUGAAAGUAGAUGCUACAGGCUUCAAUAGUGAAGAUGAAUAUGAUGAUAAUAAUUUCAAAGAUAGAGUUCUUACUGGUGUGGAAUGGCAGAAGAGAGAUGAACACUUCUCUCGUUACAUGAUAAGAUUGGGAUGGGAAAUUAAACAAAUGAAGGAAGAUGGAGCUUGCCUUUUCCGUUCUAUUGCAGAUCAAGUUUAUGGGGAUCAAGAAUUUCAUAAUCAAGUUCGUCAGGACUGCAUGAAUUACAUCGUGCAAAAUCGUGAUUAUUUUGAACCAUAUGUAACUGAAGAUUUUGAUAAGUAUGUAGCUAGAAAGAGGACUUGGCAUGUUCAUGGAAAUCAUUUGGAGAUUCAAGCCAUGAGUGAACUUUAUAAUCGAACUAUUGAAGUUUACUGCUAUCAAAUUGAACCAAUCAAUAUAUUCAAUGGUUCUACAACAAUCAUCAACGCUAAUGAACCAAUAAGGCUUUCUUAUCAUAGAAUGUGUCACUAUAAUUCUAUAAGUAAUCCAAAUAAGCCAUCUGUUGGAGUCGGAUUGGGAUUGCCCAACUAUCAUCCUGUAGACAUUGAUAGACGCAGAGUUCAUGAUGCAGUAAGAGCUAGCGAACAAUUGCUUAUUGAACAGACUAUGCUUGAAGAUAAGUUGAAUGCUACAGAUUGGGAAGCCACGAAUGAAGCUAUUGAAGAACAAGUGGCUCGCGAGUCUUACAUCCAAUAUUUCCGGGACUCGGAGAAGCGGUUGAAAGACCAGGGCCAUCCUUUGGCUAGUGGUAGCAGUUCCACUGUUACAUCGGCCACAGUCUCCAGCCCAAGAGCUUCUCGUCGAGGAUCUGUAUCUCCUAAAGGAUGUCAAUCUCCCAAAGGAGGAGGUUCUCCUAAAACUAUAACUCCAUUAGCGAGCCCUCGAGCGAAUUUCGGAUCUAACUUGGAGCCUGAUGUUCUCCUCACCUAUGUGCCCACCCAAGAAGAAGAAGCAUUUGCCAAAAGAGUGUACAAUUCACCCCGUCGAAUCUCAGAACAAAAUGAAACCUGCAUGAACCUGGAAAAGUUCGUAAAAGAAGAAGCAGGACCUUCUUCCAUCAUUGAUAACAUGAGUGGUUUUGAAGACUUCGAUCAAGAAAUAAUGGCACAAGUUCUAGCUGAAUCGCAAAAAACUUAUUUGGAUGAAUUGAGGAUCAAGUCAAGGAAAAGACACGAAUCCCCGGAACCAUCAACUUCAGAUUAAAAUUAUGCUUUAACAUACUUAAGGCCGCUUCACAGAUCGCAACUUUUCUUGCCGCAAUCUUUCAGACUACAGCCAAGUGGUAAUAAUAAAAUAUUUGAAUCCCUGCAGGUUUUAUUGUAAGCAUAAAAACUGCGAAGUGUAAAGCAGUCUUUAGGGAGGACUGACUUCAUCCGUUUUAUUUCUUCUUAAGAUUAAAUAGUUAUUUAAUUAAAUUUAAGUGACUAAAAAUAUGAUAUUCAAUCAGUUGUGCAUUCUAAUUGUUUGAUUCAAUAUAAAUGUAGCUUUUAAUUCUCUAUCUUUGAUGUACAUUUCAAUUCUUAUGUCAUCCAAGUAGCUAUAACUCGUAUGCAAAUUUUUGAAUAUAUAUAUUUUAUCCUUUUCAUUAUUUACUUGUAUGACAUGGUUUGUUACAAGUUGAAUUUUCCUCCCAGGUUUUCAUUACUUCUAUUUAGAUUUUCAUUUUACUAUCUCAAAAACUGGUUAACCAAGACAGUUAACAUAUAGGUGUCCAGCAGGACUAGUGGUGCCGCGAGACGAGACUAGACGAGACUUGGUUGGUCUCAUCGCGUCUCGACAUCUUGAUACGAGACCGUGACUUAGUCCCGGUCUCGAGUACCAAAGUCUCAUCUUGUCUCGAGUGGUCUUGUCUGGCCUCGAGUUAUACAGGGUGUCCGGCAAAUAGCGUAAAAACUCUUCACUAUGUGUUGAAGGACCCUUCAAGGAAGAAAAAUAAUUUAAAAAAUCUAGUGGCAUUGUUAGGAAAGUUAUUUGCAUUUUAUAAUUUAUUAAAAUUUGCAACACUGAAAAUAUCCCGUUGACAAUAUGUCAGAGAAUUAAAUGAAAUACCUGAAAAAAAAAAUUAAAAAAAAAAUAUAAAAAAAAAUAAAAAAAAAUAAAAAAAAAAAUAAAAAAAAAUUAAAAAAAAAUAAUAAAAAUAAAAAAUAAAAAAAUUGAAAUUGUAAUUACCUGUAAAAUUCAAAGGUGAAUUUUCACAUUUACCUCUUCAUACCUAUUACCAAAAAUAAUUCUGGAGAAGGAUUUUUUUAAUUAUUUUUCUAGGGUUCACUGAUUUUAUAUUCAAAUAGCCCAGAAUAGUCCAAUAUUAAAGCUAUGAAAGAAAAAUUUUAAUUGUAAUCUCGAGACUCGAGACUACGCCAGACUCUCGUCGAGACUUCACGAGACGAGACCCAAAGCCAGUCUUGUCUCGAAAAGAGACGAGACGAGACCAGUCUCGAUUCUCGCGGCAUCACUGAACAGGUCGAUUUAUAUCAGGUCAGCUACAUAAACAAAACUCAAUAGCUGACAUUGAUUAUAUUUAUUUUGCACAAAAGUGCCGGUACUUUGAACACAAUUUAAUCCUUGAUGGUUGAGCUAAUGGGAGCUAUGAAUGUAUAUUUUAUAUCAAAUGUUAUAUGGGUACUACGCAUGACGCAUGUCACCUACAAACCUGAGGCUUACUCAGGACUAAAAUGUGAUCCAGUACAGAGCCCAAGUAGAUACGUGCUUGGGUGGGAAAAUUCAAAAUGAAUGUGAAAUAUUUCUAAAUUUUUAGAGGAGCCAUUUAGUUCUAGUUAAAUAAUUUGUGAUAUACCUAAUUAAUUUUUUUUUGAUAACAAGUUUUUUUUAACAGAGUUUCUCAUUGUUGUAUUUAAUUUUUUUUUUUGUUACUGAGAAUAUAAUAUUACCUUCAAUUUGAAUAAUUGUCAUUAUAUGUAUGAAUCUAUUACAUAGUCAUUUUGUAUUAAAUAUACAUAAUUAUAA